AUGGCGUCGCGCACUCCCACCGAGCAGCUCCUCCACGACUACGUCAAGCAGUUCGCUGAAGAGCCAGACCCAGGUCUGAUCGCGAAGUACUGGAAUCUUUGUGACGCCCACGGUCACUUCCCGUACGGCCCUAUAUUUCAAUACAAGGUCGAUAACCACAAUCUAGGGUGCCACCUCAUCCGGUGCCACGAGAACCAUCCGGGUGACGUUGAACACCCAGGACCCCUCCAUGUACCCGUCUCGAAGGCACUGACGGCCUUCCAACGCCGACUCAUACGAGAGUUCAGGCUCGACUCUCGUAUCACGGUCGACGGUAAGCCCAUGUCGAAGCGGGCCAUAGCCCAACUUGAGAAGGUACCUAAGGUGUCCAAGCCCAAAACGCCUGCCGCCAAGCCCCGCGCCGCCAUGCCUCGAGCCACCAAGUCGACGUCUUCCACCAAGUCCCGCGCAAAGAAGUCCGCGUCUUCUGCUCAACAGCCGUCACAGAUAACAGCUGCACCCGCUGCUGCCGCUCCCGCCGCCGCGAAAGAAUCGCUUCUCAUUGAUCUCACCGACGACGCUGCUCUUCCCCCAACCCCGCCUCGUGCCCCUCUUUCUCGCUCCCCCAGCGUUGAGAUCAUCUCGUUCCAGCCCGCGCCUGCGCCGCUCUCUCAACAGCUUGAGGUUUGGUACUUCUACGAGAAUGAGAAGGAACCCACGUCGUUCAUACUCAAGGCGCGCCCGGCUCGCGCCGAGUUCCGCUUUCGUCAAUAUGAAGCUGUACUUCUCGCCUUUGAGAUCAAGCAGACCGACCUCAUAACGGUUCUCACGACUGCCACGGCUACCGAGCGCACCUGGUCCUCUUUCCGCGUCUCCGACCUCAGGAUCCCGCGUACGCAGACGAAGAUCGUUAUCUCCCGCCCUCGCGUGCAGAAGCCGGAUGACUGCAUCACGCGAUACUACGCUUACGCUUAUUCGGAAGCCGUCAAUCUUCCCAAGCGCAUCUUGCCUCUCCCGUAG